AUGCCGUUCACAAAGGGUACCAAACGCAGUGCCCCGCGCGAAACGCGCGGCGACUCAGAGGAAGACGAUAUCCUUACUUCCAAGCCCACCAAGAAGACCAAGACCUCCAACUCCGCCGGUGAUGGCUCCGCCGGCGUCGAUAAGGAUGGGAAUCAAUACUGGGAUCUCUCGAACAAGCGCCGCGUCGGCGUUUCUCAGUUCAACAAGACAACACUUGUCAACAUCCGCGAGUUCUAUGAAAAGGACGGCGAGAUGCUGCCCGGCAAGAAGGGUAUUUCCCUAUCGGUAGCUCAGUAUGAGGCCCUUGUAAAAUCAAUUCCUGCUAUCAACGCGAAGUUGCGCGAAUUGGGUCAUGAGGUCGGAAAUGCCGAGGAGGGCGAUGGCCUCCCAACAGUGGUCGACUCCUCUAAGGCUGUCACCAAGGAGAACAAGUCGAGGCCGAAGAAGUCCAACAUUGAGGCCACAAGCGAUGAGGAGUCGAACUGA